GGCAACACCGGUUUAUCUUCCUGCCACCUCACCUUGCCCAACGGCCCGGUGCUCCCUAGGCUGAGGUCGCUGUACCGGUCGGGGCACCUCCCGGGGGGCUCGGAGAGAAUGUGGCCUUGACCCUGGGUGGGCAGCCUCCGAGCGGAGCCGGAACAGCCGCAGCCAAGCCGGGUAUCGGGGUGCCACUGCCUUCGCCCAGGACCCGCAGGGCGGGGACGGAUCUUUGCGUGCCCAGAUAAGUGUAUUCCUCUAUAUGUUAAAAGCACAUUUGACUAAUGAGUGUGGUGAUUGAAUUGCCCCUGAAACUGGAGGAGGAAACCUUUGGAGGGGAAGAUGACCUGACAGAUGGAGAUCUAGGAAAUGGAUUUGGCAGAAAACCUGGUGGUAUUUAUGAAACAGAAGAUCCAAAUGCAUCUAAUUCCAGAAAAGGAUCCUUUCCUUCAUCUCCAGAAAAGGGGGAAGAAAGCAGCAGUACCAUUUUUCGUUAUUUCAAGCAUCAUAAAUCACAUGGUACAUUUUCCAAAAAGCAUGGAGUUGCAAUUUGUAAACGACAAAAUAGUGCUGAUUUUACUGAUUCAGAAUUAUCAAAAGAAGAAUUAAGGCAACGGCUUCAUGAUGUUUUACAGGAAGUAGAGGUUCUGCGAAUUGAGCUUGAAGCAUCACAAAGACAACUUGAGGGGAAACGGGAAGCACUGAAAAUUCUCCAAAGCAUGGCAAUAUUUGAUAAAGCUACUAGGCAUACCAAAGAAAUACUUCAAAAAUCAGAAGAACAGAAGAAAUCUUUGGAAAAGGAAAUAAAUGCCCUGCAAUGGGAAAUUGAAUUUGAUCAUGAUAGAUUUAAAACUGUGGAGGAAUCUUGGGCCCAAAAAUAUGACAGAAUAUGCUGUGAAAAUUCAAUCCUUAAGGAAACUUUGAAAUUAAGAACAGAAGAAGUUAAAAGGCUUACGUCUGAAAAUGCAACUUUGAAUCAGCAGUGCCUGGAGUCUGUUGCAAUGCUUGAUAUAAAACAGCAGAAGCUUGUUCAGGAAAGCAUGUGUCUUAAAAGUGGCUCCACAGAGGUUACAGGUCUGGAACUGGCAGUACUUGGUGCUUGCAUCUGUAACCAUCCCGGAGGACAACCUUGUUCCUGUGCUAGGACAGCUGCCAUGGCUAGAAAACAGCUUCUUCAGCUGAAGCAAGAGUUAGAAAUGCUAAGGAAGAGUAAAGAAGAAGCUUAUAUAAUGGCAGAUGCAUUCAGGAUUGCAUUUGAGCAACAAUUAAUGAGAAGAAAUGAGCAGACCUUGAGAUUGACACAAAUGAAUAAAUUUUAUAAAAAACCAACCAAAUGGCUAAACUGGAAACACCUUAAGGAUGAUGGAUUGGCGUUACAAAAGAAGAACUUUGGACAGAAGCUAAUAGGUAUACUUGAAGCCAAUUCUAAGAAAAUAGAAGAGCUGGACAAUCCUCAGGAAAUCUUUAGAAUCCUAAUAGAUUUGUUGAAUGAUAAAGAAGAAGCUUUAGCUCAUCAGAGAAAAGUUAGUUACAUGCUUGCUCGGGAACUGGAAGAAAAAGAUGCUGUAAAGAAGAGUAAAGACCAUGAACCUGGGAAGGAGGAUUCUCCAUCUGAAAACCACUCACCUCAAACUUCAGAUCCCCCUAGUUUGUUUGAUCCUGCUUGUUCAAAUUUCCACAUUCUUAACUCUAGGAACUGUAUUUGUUCAGUCCCUAACCACAAAGUAGAUGAGACUUCCAAAAGAACACUUCAAAAAUCACAUUCCUUGCCAUCAAGGAUCAGGUUUUUUGAAGAAAGUCAAGUUGAAGAAACAGAUGAAAUUAGAAUUGAAAGUGGUUUGUAACGCCGUUUUAAAAAAUAAGAUUUUGUGCCUCUUACUGUGUUAUGAGAAGUUUUGCACCUAUGUUGCACUUUCUUAGCCUUCCUAGUUUUAAAACAAUAAUUGGACCAAACUUUAUGGGAACAAUGCGUUUUUCUGUAAUUUAAUAUUGUGAUGACAUAUGUGCUUUAAAAUAUUUUUAGUAUGGUAUUUCAUUUAGUGUUUAAUUUGUUAACAUACUGAAAUGAAGCACAUAAAAUGAUUUAGGAAGAAAAUAGAAACAUAAUUAUUUGAUUAGAUUAUAUAACAGAAGCCUAGGUUGACUAAAGGAGCAUGGAACAAUUUUAAAAUGUUGCUCUAUGAAACUGUGGCAUCUAGCCAAUCCUUGCAAUGGAGUACAUUAACUAUUAGCUGCUAAAGCAGUUUCUAAUCUUGGCUUUUUCUGUAAACUAUUUGAUGUAAAAAGUUAAGAACUGACAGUUCCAUUUUGUUAAUUUCAACCCAGAAUUUCAGAUGAUGAAAUUUCACCUUUAUUGGUUUCUUUGGACAGAGUACGAAAGGAAUCUAUUGUUUUUUACUUCAUAGGAUUACAGGUUUAGCUCUGGAGGGAUCUUCAGAAAUCAUCUAGUCUCACUUCCCCCUUUUAUACAUGAAGAAACAAGCCCAGAGAAGAGUCACGCCGUGAGCAGCAGAACUCAGAACUGCACUCAAGUCUGCAGACUCAAAUCCACCACUCUUUUUACUAUAUCACUGCCUCUUAAUGAUCUGAUUUGGACAUUUUAUAUAACACAGUGGCUCAAGCAGAAUAGGUACUCCUAAGUCAUUGCAGCUUUGGGAGUGUACUAUGUUAUCAUUAUAGGAAGUGGAAGUCAGAUUUUCACCUAAUUCCAAUCUUUGGAAGAGGCAAGUUAAAAAGUGUUCAGAUAGAAGAGGUUGCACUGCAGUCUUGAAGUUAAAGGAUUUAUGGGAUAAGACAUAUUUGUGAAAAAUGAUGCAAUAAUAAUAAAUGAAAUAACAUUAGUAGAGCUAAGUGCUUUUUUUUUUCCUAUGGCAAAGUUUUUCAGGCCUCAGAAACUUUCAUUGCUGGAUUUACGUUUUUCAGGUUAUAAUUUUUUAAACCAAUAAAUUACCAUGUUAGAGAAGACUAAUUUUAGGUACAGACAGACUUCAGCAGAUAGUAGGGGACAGAAGGCCUGGCAGGCUAUGGUCAACAGGGCCAUGAAGAGUUGGAUACAACUGAAUGACAGAACAAAAACAACAAAAGGGAAUCUGGAAAAUUGUGUUAACAGUUAUAUAAUUUACUGUUGAAGGAAGAGCAUUUAAUAUGGAGUUAAGGACAUCAAGAAACUGAGUUCCAUAUGGAGAUGUGCCCUUGAAUAUAAAACAAAUAUUUGACAUUUUUAUAUCUGAUUCCUAAUCUGAAUAGUAUAACCAAAUUGCAUUAGGGAUCUUCUGACAUCUUACCUCACUAGCAUUAUGAGCACUGUAGGUAGCAUUUGUAAAACUUUUUGAGUUCUUCA